AUGGUCAAAGUGGGCAUCAACGGCUUCGGACGCAUCGGCCGCGUCGUCUUUCGGGCAGCGCAGACGCGCCCCGACAUUGAAAUUGUCGGCAUCAACGACCUGCUGGAUGUCGAGUACAUGGCCUACAGUCUCAAGUACGACUCCACGCAUGGCCGCUUUAAUGGCGCGGCGGAGGUGAGAGACGGGGCACUUGUCGUGAAUGGAAAGACCAUCCGCGUCACGAGCGAGCGUGAUCCGGCGAACCUCAAGUGGGGCGAGAUUGGUGUGGAAGUGGUGGUGGAGUCAACUGGCUUAUUCCUCACGCAGGAGACGGCCCACAAGCACAUUGAAGCAGGAGCAAAGCGCGUCGUCAUGACGGGACCGCCGAAAGACGACACACCGAUGUUCGUGAUAGGUGUGAACCACACAACGUACAAUGGACAGCCCAUUAUAUCGAACGCGUCGUGUACGACGAACUGCCUCGCCCCUCUGGCAAAGGUGGUGAACGAGAAGUACGGCAUUGUCGAAGGUCUCAUGACCACCGUGCACGCGACGACGGCAACGCAGAAGACGGUGGAUGGCCCUUCCCUAAAAGACUGGCGUGGUGGCCGCGGCGCGUCGCAGAACAUCAUCCCCUCCUCCACGGGAGCUGCCAAGGCCGUGGGCAAGGUGUACCCGGCGCUGAACGGCAAGCUGACUGGUAUGGCCUUCCGCGUCCCAACGGCGAACGUGUCGGUGGUCGACCUCACCGUGCGUCUGGAGAAGCCUGCAACGUACAAGGACAUCUGUGCUGCAAUCAAGGCCGCAGCCGAGGGCGAGAUGAAAGGUAUUCUCGGCUACACCGACGACGAGGUCGUGUCUUCCGACUUCAACGGUGUGCCGCUGACCUCUGUCUUUGACGUCAAGGCCGGCCUCUCGCUGAACGAGCACUUUGUCAAGCUCGUGUCUUGGUACGACAACGAAACGGGCUACUCGCACAAGGUACUCGAUCUCGUUCUCUACACGUCCGCGCGCUAA